AUGGUUGCUGUUGCUGGUGGCCCUCACAGAAAAGCAAAAGGUCGCCUAUGCUUUGGGCUUUCUCAGAUCCCUGGUCUUAACCUGUCUGUGCCCAGGCCGUUGAGCGCCUGGGAUUCCAAACUCCCCAUUGUAAAGGGCCUGGCAAGGUGCAGCCCCACUCUUCUCCCCCAGAGCAGAGCCUUGAGGCAUGCGCAGCACCAUCGUGUCCCAGAAAAGCACAGUAAAGAAGUUUCAUCUACUUCUAAUCAGGAAAAUGAGAAUGGCAGUGGUUCUGAGGAACUGUGCUACUCCAUCAUUAGUCACAGACCUUAUCGGAGGCCCUCUCUGAGCUCCAAUGAUGAUGGUUAUGAGAAUAUCGACUCUACCACAAAGAGAGUGAGGCCAUUUAGAAAUGGGUCAGAAACAGAAUAUGCCCUUGUCAAGAUGACUUGUGUUACUAGGCCUUCUUCCUGUACCCUUGAGCAUGAUUAUGAACUUGUGCUUCCCCACUAG